CCACAGUUCAGUACAGGGAAAACUCACCUCCUGCAUGCAGCGUUUCAGUUUGUCGAAAUCAUUUUUUUAAGUUAGGUUAUAAUCGUAUGCAUCAAAUCAUACAAUUAAUUAUAAGCUAGUUUUUUAAGGAAAAAACUUAAAUUUAGUGAUUUUGCAGUGCGAAUAAAUUGAAAUUCUCGCAGACGAACACUUGGCGGAAACGAAAGUUACGAAUUAACGUCGUGGCUUUUAGUUAUUUAAACUAAAAACCCGCAAAGUGUGGAUAUUGCAUACACAAGCCCCUUAAGAAGUCGGUGCGAGUUUCAUCACUUAAGCUAGCUAUACUUUGCUUAAAUAAAAUUUACGAUAAACAAAUAACAACUAGACAAACCUUACGCAACAUAAGGAUUUUAAAACAGAUUAAAGGAAACACUGACGCAGGUAGCGAAGACUUUGUAGGAGCAAAAGAAGUAGUAACAGCCUAAAAACGAUUUCAACAACUGCAACUAGUCCCCAGAAGAUUAUGGAGGAAGACGAGAGGGGAAAACUCUUUGUAGGAGGUUUGUCAUGGGAAACGACCCAGGAGAAUCUUUCGCGUUAUUUCUGCCGCUUUGGUGAGAUUAUUGACUGCGUGGUAAUGAAGAACAACGAGAGCGGGCGUUCGCGUGGCUUUGGUUUUGUUACGUUUGCAGAUCCUGCAAAUGUAAACCAUGUUUUACAGAGUGGUCCACACACACUUGAUGGACGCACUAUCGAUCCAAAGCCUUGCAAUCCUCGUACGCUCCAAAAGCCUAAAAAAGGAGGAGGAUAUAAAGUUUUCCUAGGUGGCUUACCGUCCAAUGUUACUGAGACGGAUUUGCGUACGUUUUUUGGACGCUACGGCAAAGUAACUGAAGUGGUCAUUAUGUAUGAUCAAGAGAAGAAAAAAUCUCGUGGUUUUGGAUUUCUGUCAUUUGAGGAGGAAUCAUCCGUAGAGCAUGUUACCAAUGAGCGCUACAUAAAUCUUAACGGAAAACAGGUAGAAAUUAAGAAAGCAGAACCUCGUGACGGAUCCGGCGGCCAAAACGCUAGUAACAGUAAUGUUAGUGGAGGGUAUGGAAAACUUGGUAAUGAAUGCAACCACUGGGGUCCUCACCAUGCACCUAUGAAUAUGAUGCAAGGCCAAAAUGGCCAAAUGGGUGGUCCUCCACUUAACAUGCCUCUUGGCGCACCAAAUAUGAUGCCCGGCUAUCAAGGUUGGGGCACUUCACCACAACAACAAGGCUAUGGUUAUGGUAAUAGCGGACCUGGAUCUUAUCAAGGUUGGGGUGCACCACCAGGACCCCAAGGACCACCACCACAAUGGUCUAACUAUGCAGCUGGCCCCCAGCAAACGCAAGGCUAUGGUGGUUAUGACAUGUACAAUUCAACUUCAACGGGAGGACCAUCCGGACCUUCCGGUGGUGGCAGCUGGAACUCUUGGAAUAUACCACCAAACUCCGCUGGUCCAACAGGAGCCCCAGGUGCUGCUGCUGGUAGCGCUACUGAUAUGUAUUCACGUGCUCAAACUUGGGGAGCUGGUGGGCCGUCAACUACUGGUCCUGUGGGUGGUAUGCCCAGAACUGGACCCGGAAAUUCAGCAUCCAAAUCGGGCUCUGAGUACGACUAUGGCGGUUAUGGCUCUGGUUAUGAUUACGACUAUAGUAACUAUGGUAAACAAGAGGGCGGUGCUUCGAACUAUGGCGCUGGACCGCGUUCUGCGUAUGGUAAUGAUAGUGCAACACAACCACCAUACGCUGCCUCACAGGCAGUUUAAAGCGCAUAGUCUAAGCACUCAACACUCGCCCGAUUUCAGCACCAUUGCCUAAGCAGUGACAGUUGCCGUUACGGUCUUGUGUGUUGAAGCAAGAUUAAAUAUAAGCUUAGCGUCUAUUCAUUCAGUUCAGUUGUUGAAAUUAAUUACUAACUAUAUAUAUUUAUAUAUAUAUAUAUAAACAUACAUAUACUACAUAAACAAAACAUUACAUAUAAAGUUUAUAUACAUAAAUUACUUAUAUUGAGGAAAAAGGACAAAGAAAGCAAGUUAUAUGUGAAGGAAAAUAACAAUAAUAAUAAAGCAAAAUCAUUGGGCACAUAACAAACAUACAUAAACACUGCUACCAUCCAUUACCACUGACACGGACUAAAUAAAUCGUAGCGUAAAAUUACAAGCAAAAAGUAUAAAUUGAUCACUUGAAAACAAUUGAAGUUCAUAAAGCUAGAAUAAAUUUAUUGAAAUAGAUCAACUGGUAUAGCUAAUACUAUGGAUUUAUGACUGUAGAAAAAUGGGUAUAUGUUGUAGCGAUUGAUAUUUUGAAUUAAUUAUGAGUUAUUUAUUUUUGCAUGAAUUAAUGAAUGAAUGCCCAAUUUAAAGAUAACUCGCUUUUAGGCACAAUACAAUAAUUUAGAUACAUAUUUUUCGGGAAUACUUUUAUACUUAACGUCGUUUUAUAAGUUGUACCUAAUCAUUUAAAUAAGCUAUUAGUGUUUAAGGAGUUGUUUUAUCUCACUCCCCAGUAAUAUUUACUUUUAGUUCCCUAUAUAAGGCGGUUUGUUAUUAAACUGUGAAUUCGUUGCACAUUUGCGCUUUUGCCGCAUUUAAGACACUACAGUCUAACCUAGCUGGCAGUUCCAGUUGAUUUUCAUUCUUGUAAAUUUUCAUAAUCUCAAGAAAAUAGUAUUGUAAAAUUUCAUUAAACUAAUGCAAAAUUGGAAUUUGGGUAUAAUAAUUAUAUAUACCCUCCAACGUACAUAUUUAUAAUUACAUUUAUGGAUUGAUCUUUAGUUAAAACUAAAAUUAUAAUAAAAGUAGAAAAUUACAAUAACAUUUAAAUAAUAAACAAACAUAUAUCUAUAUAUUGCUAUAUCAAUUUUGAAGUAGGUAAAAGAGGACAAAUUGAAUAGGUGUAAACGAAGUAUAAACAACAAACAAAAAUUCACUUUAUUACGAUGAAUAAAGAGACAACAAGAAUUUUGUGUAGUAAUAGUGAAUUAAUGCGCCAAUAUACAUAAAUACAUUUAUAUAUACAUGUGUAUAUGUAUUUACCUACAAAUAUAGUUUACAUACAAUAAUUUAUCAAAAUUUAAUGAAAUAAGUCGACUAAGAAAGGAAAAAAGAACAAAAAAUUACAUUUGAAGUUAAUAAGAGUAAAUAAAGGGAUGUUUUAAUUUAGAAAAAAUAUAUAUGUCAAAUAUAUGAUGCAAUCUUUAUAUAGUUUAUAACUAUUACUACGAUAAUUACACAAUAUACACAUUAAAGACGGUGUCCGCGAAGUAAUCCAAACUAAUAAAAAUAGUAGUGAACUCACUAGAAAAAAUGUAAAAAUUGUUUUUGUGGAAGUGUAAUUGUACUUCAACAAGUACGAAUUGUUUAAAAUAAACUGCAUUUUCAUUUCAGUAUAAAACUAAAAAGAUCAAUUACUUAAAGUAAAAUAAUUAAUUGUUAGGCGUCAUAGUUUCUUAUGAAAACAACCUCCUCGAUACGGUUUUAAUUUUUUUUUUUAGUCAAUUGCCGUGCCUAAUGAGAAUCGAAAUCGCCUUUUCUAUAUUUCUUGUUAUUUUUUGUCAUCAACUUCAGAAAACAUUUAAUAUGCUUACCGUCGAUUUACAAACAUAUAUUAAGAGGAUUAAACCAUUUAUCGAUUCUAUUACUUUUAACGGCAACAGAUAUGGUGGUAGCUAGUGUUCGCAAAUAUCACUGAUGCGAGCCUGAAAAAUAAAAUAAAUAAACGCUAAUAGAAUAUUAUAAAAAGAGAACCUGACGUAAUUAUUAAAUUUAAUUUAAAAAAUAUAAUAAUACAUUACUGUAAACUCACACCUUAAAGUGCAUACACAACUAAAAAAAAAAAAAGAAUACAUUUAAAUGGAGAAUACAAAAAAGUAAGGAAAGUAAAAAUACAAUUUAUUAUCUACCACAUACAUUUAAAUUUAUGUAAAUUUAAUCGUAACAUAUAAUGAUAACUAAUAUUACAAAACAAAAUAGAUUACAUAUUUGAUAGAACGAAUGCUAAAUUACAAUUACAAAUAAAGCAAGUCUAAAUUUAAUAUACGCUAGUAUAAAAUUUUAACGUAAAAGUAAUCUUAAAAACAAAGAGCAAAACAAGCAACCACUUGAUGCAAAGAUAAAAAGUAAAUGUAACGUAAAGUAAAAGAGGAUUAAAAACAAAAGCCCACAAUACACUGACUGUUAAUUGUAAAACAAUUUCUUUAAUGAUUA